UUACCCACCGACACCAGCGAUACCGACGACACCGACGAACGCAUACCCGCCGAGUUUUCCUACCGAUUACCAAAUUCUAGACACAAAAGAGACGCCGGACGUCAAAAUCAAACAUCAAUCUCUAAAUCGCAAAAUCUAAAAACUAUUUCCAAAAAAAGAGGAGGAUUCUUCGGAAGGAAAAGAGGAGGAAUUGCAGCACCAAGGAGCAGCCAAGUCUCUCCGAGCGACAUCUUGGUUCUCGGGUCUCUAGGCUGCUCGGUUUUAUCGAAAAGCUUCAGCCAUGGCGAACAAAGUGCUCAUGACCUUCGUGGUCGCUGACAUUAUCUUCGUCAUCACCGGCGCCCUGCUUCUGGGUUUCACCCUCAUCAACCAGAACCUCAUCAAGGAGGCGCCUACGGAAGGAGCCCAGGCUGUUAUGCGCUUGCUCACGGCCCAAUUUCCGCUGACAGCCGGUAUUGCCAAUGCCGUCUUCAUCUUCGUUACCUUCCUCUCCACCAUCCCCGGCAUGAUCACGCCGACUCGUGGCUGGCUCAAGAUCUCGGGCUACCUGACCACCUUCUGCGGUCUCUUCAGUCUAGUUCUUGGUGUCUACCUUUGGGUUCUUACUCUCACCACCAAGAACGACUUUGGCAAGACGUGGAACGUCCAGGACCCUCGUGUUCAGGAGCUCAUGCAGACUGCUUUCAAAUGCUGCGGAUACUUCAACAGCACUUCGCCCGCCUUCGUCACCGAUGCCCAGUGCCCCAGUCCCGCCGCCGCCGCCCUGCAGCGCGGUUGCGCAACCCCAAUCACGAGUUUCGCCAACAUCUUCGUCGACAACAUCUUCACUGCCGUCUUCGGCAUGGUCGGUAUCGACGCCAUGCUCAUUGUCACCAUCGCCAUGCUGCUCAAGGAUCGCAAGGAGCGCGAACGCUACCGCCACAUUGACGAGAAGGCCGGUUACCGCGGUUUCUAAGCCAGCGGUUCGGCUUUGGUUCUUCAGGGCAAAAAAAGCCGCUGGCUCGAGUUGGCGUCCACUCAUGUCGUCUCUCUCUCGCUCGAAAGCCAGCCCUUCUCGGGAACUCCUCUUCUCUUUUGCGUGUGGUAAAUCUGGAGCGAGCAACUGUUUCUGGUCUCCCUUCUCCUGGACCGGGGGAAAGACUGAAUCGCCUCAUCCCCGCCGCGGCCAUUGAUUGGUCUUAAUCUUGUUC